AUGACUCCAGAUACAACUUCUAUAGAUCACGAAAAAGGUCCUACAGAUGACCACUUGGAAAAAGUGUCCACUCAUGGUUCACAUCCAGUAUCUAUAUCAGAAGAGCACAAACAAUACCUCAUUGCAAAACAUGGGACUUAUGAUUUAGAUCCCUUACCGUCAAUGAGUGAUGAUGAUCCUUUAAACUGGUCAAAUAGUUUCAAGUUUUUGCAAUUAGGAAUGGUGGCUUUUCAUGGGUUUAUGGGAACAUUUAUGGCAUCGGGUAUAGUUCCCUCAUUUGGUAAAUACUCGGGCAUAUUGAACAAACCGGUGCCUACAGUGUCAUAUUUAACGUCAGCUCAAAUCGUGCUCAUUGGUACUUUCCCAAUGUUUUGGGUACCAGUUAUGCAAAGGUAUGGAAAGAGGUUGUUGUUGAUCAUAUCGGUAUUGGGAACCAUGGCAUUUUCUAUUGGUGCUGUUUUCAGUACAGACUAUGGAACCUUGAUGACAAUGAGAUGUUUACUGGCGGUGUUUGUAUCGCCUGGUUUGGCUGUUGGUGGUGCCAUUGUGAAAGAAACUACAUUCAGUCAUCAAAGAGGUUCACGAAGUGGUAUUUGGGCAAUAUCUGUCAACUUGGGAACCAUGUUUGGUGCUUUACUUAUGGGUUUUGUUGCUGAAUAUCAGCAUCCAAAAUACGUUCAUGUUGUGUUUGCAUGUGUCAUGUUUGUGUUGGCAAUCUGUUAUUUGUUGCUUGGUAAGGAAACUUCAUACAAUCCAAAUGACUUGUCAAGAAACGAAUCCAAUAGAUUCAAACAAUUGAGAUUUAAAGCCAUAUUUCCAGAGAAUAAAAUCACCAUUAUGAAGUUUAUUGAACCAUUGAUGUUUCUUUUAAAACCAAGAGUGUUUAUCCCGGCAUUUGGUUACACUGUCAUGUUUAUGCAUGGAAACAUCGCCAUGAAUGUUGAGAUCCCCCAAGUGAUGGUGCAUAAAUUUGAAUUAGGCCCACAAGCAUUGGGUUUACAAUUUCUUUCAUUCAUCAUAGGUACUUUAAUUGGUGAAGUUGGUGGUUACUUGUCGGAUAAGUUGGUGCAAUGGGGCCACAAAAACAACAAAGGUCCAAGUUUCAGGUUAUGGGUUACCCACCCUGGAUAUAUCACUUGCAUCCUUGGUUUAAUUGUUUUUGGUGUUCAAAUACAAAACAUUGAUCACUAUAAUGUAACUCCAUUGAUUGGAUGUGCUAUUGCUGCUUUCGGUUUGCAAAUUGGUACGUCGCCAAUUAUAGCUUACUGUAUUGAUCUGGAUCAUACCAAAGCAGUACAAAUCAGUUUGUUUGUGACUUUCCUCAGACAAUUGUUUGCCUUCAUUGGACCGUUUUAUUACCCCAAAAUGUUUGAUAAUUUGGGUUUUGCUAAAGCAUAUGGUAUUAUGGCAGCUCUUGUCGGAGCAUUUGGAUGGAUUGCAACAAGCUGCUUACAGGUUUAUGAACAGAGGCAUGGUAGAUAG